AUGAACGCUUGGCAAGAAGGAUGGUUCACUGAAAUUUCAAAUGGCCUUUGGGAUGGCGAAUCAAAGAAUCUCAAAGUGAAACGUGUCUUGUAUCACGAAAAAUCAAAAUUCCAAGAUAUUUUGGUUUUUGAAUCCGAGUCUUAUGGAAAUGUGUUGGUUUUGGAUGGAGCUAUUCAAGCUACUGAGAAGGAUGAAUGCAGUUAUCAAGAAAUGGCCUGUCACUUGCCACUUGUCACUCUCGACCACGAACCAAAGCGUGUCUGUAUCAUUGGUGGUGGCGACGGUGGUUGUGUCCGUGAAGUCCUCAAGCAUCCAAGCGUCGAAGAAGUUGUCUUGUGCGAAAUCGACGUCGAUGUCAUCAAUGCUGCCAAACAAUUUCUCCCAACCAUGAGUUGUGGUCUUUCCGAUCCUCGUGUGAAAAUCAUCAACGCCGACGGAGCUGAAUAUUUGCGUCAACACAAAAAGUAUUUCGAUGUUGUGAUUAACGAUUGUUCCGAUCCAGUAGGUCUUGCAGAAUUCCUCUUUUCGAAGGAGUUUUUCGAAACCUGCAAAGAAGCAUUGGUAGAAAAUGGAGUUUUUUCACAACAAUCCGAAACUUUGUGGCUCCAUUUGGAUUUAAUUGCACAAAUGAAGGAAAACUUGGAAAAGGUGUUCGGAAAUGUGAAUUAUGCAUGGUCUUCCACUCCAACUUAUCCAGGAGGAAUUUUGGGAUAUUUGGUAUGUCAAAUGCAAUCGGGAGUGGAUUCUCGUGAGCCACGUCGUAUUGAGAGUUGGUUCAAUCAAUUGGAUGAAAAGACACGUGACAGUUUGAAGUAUUAUACUCCACAGUUGCAUCGUGCUGCAUUUAAUUUACCUGCAUUUGCUGCCAAAAAGUUGAAUCAAUUUUAA